AUGUCACACAUCAAUGUCCUUCAAAAUGGCCGGCUCCUCGGUCUACCGGAUGGCAAUGUUCUAAGCUGCUGUCCUAAGAUGAAUCUUUUAGCUAUAUCCAUGAAUAGAACGUCCAUCUGGAUGUUUAGGUUCAAUGGUGAAAGAGUAUACUCAGUUAACAACAAAGCCCAGAUCUUGGGCCUUCAAUGGAACCUGAGCGGGCGAUUCUUUGCUGUAUCUGGUAGUGACAACUUUGUCAACAUCUAUGAUACCAAUACUGGAGAAUUGGUCAACAAGUUCGCAACACAUACGUCCUUACCGAUCACACUCAUCAGCUGGGCAUCAGUGAAGCUGGAGAUCAAUGCCGCCUCCGAGAAGGCAUUGCCUUUUAUUAAGUUGUUUCAACAAGACCUUCUAAAAGAUCUACCGAAACUAAGUCAUGAGGUGAACUUCUACGAUACAGAGAGAGCUGGAGGUGUCAUCUCCCUCCAGAACGCCUCAGCAAAGUCUCAGUCAAUGUCCAUCUCCGCCACGAACACCAAUGAAGAUGACUCCCUACUAGACUACCUUCUUGUUGUCAAUGCCAAUGCCAUGUUCACAGCUACAUUCAAUAACCUCUUCACGGUGCCAGAUAUCGAGUUACCUGAGGACUGCAAGUUUCUAAGGCACGAGGUGAAAGACGACUUUUUCAAUCAGGCUUUCCUUGCAGAGAAGUCUUCUGGUGAACUAGUGCUAUACAAAAUGGAGUUCAGUUUGUCUGAGCCAAGGCAACUCUCAUAUGUGUUGGAAAUACUUAAAUACGCGUCCCUCUUGAUCUCGAUGCUUAACCAUAUCACUGACCAAGUGAAUGAGAUGCAGAAGGAGGCCACAGCAUUUAUUGCUCUCUUUGACAGAUAUCUUUCCAACCUAAAGGAUGCUAUUAAGGAAGGAAGUUCCACCGAGGAAGACACCUCGGACAUAAGCGAGGACGAGCUUGUCGAAGUACUCAUGGAAAUUGUCCUCACAGGAGAUGUCCCGGAUUAUCUCAAUGACUAUUGGCUCAACCAGUUUGGCGAGCGAGGUCUCAAUAGGUUAUCCAAGACGGGUAAUGAUUUAUACGAGGCGACCAGAAAAACAGCAUACGCCCAGGUAAUUCUUGCCAUUGAGAAAAUUCUUAUCAUCCUAAGUGAUGUUAGAGGUAUCUGUCUUGCCUGCUCGAAUCUUUACGGAGAUCCCCUUGGCAUGAACGUGGAAACGCUAGAAAAUUCUAUCGAGCUAGGCAAAUCCAUGUUGGUGAGUUUCUACAAGUUCAUUCUAGAGUUCAAUGAAGAGCAGGAACAGUUUAAUGUCUUCUGCAACUACGUGAAGGUGGAAAUCAUUGAAAGGCUCUCCAAGCAAGAGAGUGAUAUGGAGCUGUUCUUCAAAGCACAUCCGGAAAUCGAGGUCAGUUCGACCGUCACAAUGCAUUAUAUCGAUCACUAUUUGACACGGCCCAAAAUCGCCGCUUAUCUCGAUGUUCGGACAUCGACGAAUGAUGUCGUUUUCCAGUCAACUCUAGAGGAAGGAUCUCUCAUAAAAAAGCUCACUAACUUCAAGAUUGAGAUCAAUCAAAAAUUACUACCUGGAAUACAGGAGUACAUCGCUGGAAAGUCUGUCUUCAAGCUGUUAGGCACGAUGAAAGCACUGAAAGCCAAUGUUGAUUGCCACAUGGUCUUCAGCAACGACAAGAUUCUAAUCGCCCGGAAAUCAGAGUCCAAACUUGACAUCUUUACGUUCGACAAAGUUGGGAACAAGAAGUCCCAUGAGAUUGAAUUCCCUGGAGUAAUUCUAUCGUACGAACUAAUGAGUGAUUCGCGGAUCGUUCUUCUUUUGGAAAGAUCCAAUGAACUAAGAGAGCUUAUGCUUUUUGACGUACCAAAAAGUGGCUCCAACAUUGCAUUCGAAAACUUGGUCAUAAAGCAAGUCUUACCUUUCGACACUCAAUCUGCAUUCAUACCCACGUAUAUGACAUUGACCAAAGACCCCUCAUCAAGCUCACUGACAGGGUGUGUUUUCGACAAAACAAGACGUAAUUACGUCAUUUUCAAAAUUGAUUAG